UAGGUACUUGCGGAGAUUGACCACGCCACAGUGAUACAGGUCACUUAUUUAUUAUGCAGGCAUGCUUUUUGCUUCACGAAGCUUCUGUUGCCUUGGCAUUAGAACAUACCAACUACGAACAGAUUUGCUUUACAGAUCCAUCAAACUUUCAGCCUCUGCAACAAUGGCCUUCAGACACAAAAACACAAGACGAAUUGAAGGCCUUGAUAGCAAUGUGUGGGUUGAAUUUACAAAGGUGGCAGCAGAUCCCUCAAUUGUUAAUCUUGGUCAAGGCCUUCCUGAUAUAUCCCCUCCCAGUUAUGUUAAAGAAGAGCUGGCAAAGGUAGCGGCAGUUGACAGACUGAACCAGUACACGCGAGGCUUUGGACAUCCGUCGCUGGUGAAAGCCUUAUCUCAAGUGUAUGAGAGAGUUUGUGGAAGAAAGAUUGAUCCUCUCACAGAUAUCCUGGUGACCGUGGGAGCUUAUGGAUCUCUCUUUAGUACAAUACAGGCAUUAAUUGAAGAGGGAGACGAAGUAAUAAUAAUAGAGCCAUUUUAUGACUGUUAUGAACCAAUGGUAAAGAUGGCGGGUGCAAAGCCUGUUUUUAUCCCACUGAGAAAUAAAAAUGAUGGAAACUCUGCAUCUAUGGCUGCUUGGGUUUCUAAAUUUAAUUCCAAAACAAAAGCAAUUAUACUGAAUACCCCACACAACCCUAUAGGCAAGGUGUUCACCAGAGAAGAGCUCCAAGUAAUAGCUGAUCUCUGUAUUAGACAUGAUACCCUGUGCAUCAGCGAUGAGGUGUAUGAAUGGCUGGUGUAUAAAGGAAAUAAACACAUUAAAAUAGCUACAUUGCCAGGUAUGUGGGAAAGAACAAUAACUAUAGGAAGUGCUGGAAAAACAUAUAGUGUAACGGGCUGGAAGCUUGGUUGGUCUAUCGGUCCCCAGAACCUGAUUAAGCAUUUGCAAGUUGUUCACCAAAAUACACUGUAUACUUGCCCAACUCCAUUACAGGAGGCUUUGGCACAAGCGUUUGGGAUAGACUAUAAACGCAUGGAUGACCCAGACUGCUAUUUUUACUCACUGUCUCGAGAGCUGGAAAGCAAGCGUGAUCGGAUGGCUCAGCUACUUCAAGAAGCUGGACUAAAGCCUGUCAUUCCAGAUGGAGGAUACUUUAUGAUUGUUGAUGUUUCUACGUUAAAUGUGGAUCUCUCUGAUGUAGAUGAGAAACAACCUUAUGAUUAUAAAUUUGUCAAAUGGAUGAUAACAUCUAAGAAGCUGUCAGCAAUUCCUCUUUCAGCAUUCUGUGGUCCUGAGACAAAAAGGCAGUUUGAAAAAUAUAUACGUUUUUGCUUCAUUAAGAAAGACAGCACACUAGAUGCAGCUGAAGUGAUCCUGAAGAACUGGAAUAAACAGACAGCCUGAUUUUUCUUAUUAACUCUUCCAUCUGGUAUAAUUACCUAAUAGUAGGGUUUUCUUAUUGCAAAUUUAAGAACAAAUGACUUAAUACAGUACAGAAUUAAUAUGACAUUGUAAAUAACUUUGUGCUGCCACCUGCUGAGGAGUUAAAACAAUGAUUAACUGAAAAAUGUGUAAUGCAACUCAGAGGUUAUUUUCAGUCUUUUCAAAAUCAUUUACUUUUUUCCCCAAAAAAAUCUAUGGGAUUCAUUACUUCUACUGAAAGACAAAAAUUUGUAGGACUGUUGUGUAAAAUAAAUAGAUGAUACAGGUAUUUUAAAGCUUAGAAGAAAAAAGUGGGAGGUGUUUUUGGUAUGCGAUAGUAUAGGACCUAGGGGUGAGACUUAAAUAUAGUGGAUUGUGAAACCCAAUAGCCUGCAGUGAAGGAAAAUUAAGAUAUACCUCCUAUUUAAAUAAUUGCAGUGACUUUCAUACGUACAUACCUACCUACACUGUCCAUGCACAAAUUGCAUCAGCUUAAAUAAAAUGAUUGAGUUAAAUCAAUACAGCGUUUAUACUAUAAGCAAGAUUGACAAGUGCGAAGUUGCAUAAUUACUAUUUUAUUUUUCCACAAUAGUCAUGUGUGCUGUUCUGGAAGUAUUCAGUCCUCAAUAAAAUUAUAAAACUGGCAUCUAGAAUAG